AUGGAGAGUACACUGCACUGGCAUGCUUCGUAUUCUCCCGCGCGAGAACUCACAUAUUUCAGGCCGCACUCUUCCCCGUGCAGAGUGUAUUCAAGGACUUGUUUCCAAAAUAUGCUCAGGUCUUCUUCUACAGCCACAGCUAUUGCAAAUCCAAUACUGUCUUCCCUAGACAUUAAACGGAUUUUAUUUCAAAAAAUUACUGACAAAGGGCAUGAGUUGAAAAAAGCCUUCCAGCUGCUCGAUACUGGUCAGAACUUGACGGUGUCAAAAAGUGAACUGAGGAGAGCCAUCACCACCUUCCUUCUGCCUCUCACGCGAGAACAGUUUCAGGAUGUGUUGGCUCAGAUCCCCCUCACCAGCUCAGGUACUGUGCCAUACCUUGAAUUCCUGUCCAGGUUUGGUGGAAUGGACCUAAAUGUAAAUGUUAUAAAGAGGGGAUCUGGGAAUGACAUGGAUCAAUCCCGGACAUUGAAAGAACUUGAGAUCCUACUGGGAGACAAGCUUUUGAAGUCCUAUGAGAAGGUGGAGAAGGCGCUCAGUGCAGGGGACAUCUGCAACAGUGGCUACGUAUCCCUCAAUUACCUUAAGAUCGUCCUCGAUACCUUUGUGUACCGAUUACCAAGAAGAAUUUUUCUCCAGUUAAUGAAAAGAUUUGGACUUAAAACCGCUGCUAAAAUCAAUUGGAAGCAAUUUCUGACAUCAUUUUACCAUCCCUCAUGGUUGUCAUUUAGCGGUUCAACUCCCAUGACAAGAAGAAAUAGUAACAUCAACUGUAGAAAUCAACCUUACAAGGAAAAUAUUAUCACCAAGUUACCUAGACUUGCUGAAGAUCAUUUUACGUCUUUGAAGAAGGCCUUACUGAAACCCAACAACAAAUGUGAUGGAAAUAUAACAGCGGAAGAACUGCAGAACACUCUAAAUAGCAAUGCCAUAAAAAUAAGUGAUUCAGAAUUCAAAGAACUCAUGCAAACGCUUGACCCAGGGGGCACUGGACUGGUCAGAGUCAACACGUUCCUUGACCUGCUUGAAGAAGAGAACCUGAAGAUAAGAAAAAGAUCCCCUUGUACAGGCACUAAGACACCUCUCCUUCUGGCUUGGGAUUCAGUGGAAGAAACUGUUCACGAUGGGAUUGCUAGGAAUCUACAAGCUUUUUAUAACAUGCUGCGGUCCUAUGACCCGGGAGACACUGGCUUCAUUAGUCGAAUUAAUUUCAAGAAAAUUAUGUGCAUAUUCUGCCCAUUUUUAACAGGUGAACAUUUAAUAAAACUCUGCAGUAAGUUUCAAGAUGUUGCUUCUGGGAGAAUCGUUUACAAGAAACUUUUGGCAAGCAUAGGAAUUAAUGGCUUACCCACUGCCUCUCCAAAUCUCGUUCCAACGGAUCAACCCUUAAUUGAGCACAUUCAAAAAGAGGAACAGCGGUGGCCAGAUGUUUCCGAGAGAAUCAAACCCUCUGAAGAUAAAGUCCCCGUGACCAAGAAUCUAACCAAAGAAGAAGUUGUUGAAAAACUCAAAAACUGUAUACAGCAGCAUGACCCAGCAUUCCGAAAACAAUUUCUUGACCUCAGCAAGGAGCCUAAUGGAAAAAUUAAUGACCGUGACUUCAAGAAGGUACUAGAAGCUAAUGGGAUGCCGAUGGAUGACCAUGAGUACACUCUGCUGACCACAGAGAUAGGAUUUAGAAAAGAAGGGAUGAGUUACCUUGAUUUUGCAAUGGGAUUCAAAGGUACAGAAAUGAGUCGGGUAGAAUCGACUGGAACUCUGACUCCAAUUCUGACGAAAAGUUAUGUGAAUAGUCACUUUAUAACCGCUGAAGAAUGCCUGAAGCUCUUCCCCAGGAGACUGAAGGAGUCCUUCCGGAGCCCCUACUCUGCCUUCUUUAAAAUGGACACGGACAGGGACGGCAUCAUCAGCACACAGGACCUGCACCAGCUCCUGCUGCACCUCCUGUUCAAUCUGAAGGACAAGGAGUUUGAGCGCUUCCUGGAGCUCCUUGGCUUAAAACUCAGCAUCACCUUAAAUUUCCGUGAGUUUCGGAAUUUGUGGGAGAAGGGAUCCUACAGAACCGAUGACGCGCCUCAAAGACUCAUCAGACCCAAACAGAAGGUUACGGAUUCAGAACUAGCUUGUGAGCAGGCUCAUCAGUAUCUUGUCACUAAAGCAAAAAACAGAUGGGCCGACUUGUCAAAGAAUUUUAUAGAAACUGACAGCGAGGGCAAUGGCAUUCUUCGACGACGGGAUAUAAAGAACGCUCUGUAUGGUUUCGAUAUUCCCCUCACACCCAGAGAAUUUGAAAAGCUUUGGACGAGGUACGACACCGAGGGAAGAGGGCACAUCACUUACCAAGAAUUUUUACAGAGAUUGGGUAUUGACUAUUCGCCUGCUGUUCACCGGCCCUACGCAGAGGAUUAUUUCCAUUUCAUGGGUCAUUUCACUAAGCCACAGCAGGUGCAAGAAGAGCUCAGAGAGCUGCAGCAGAACGCAGAGAAGGCCACCAGGGACAAGCUGAAGGAUCAUUUUCAAGAGAUCAGCAAGGCACUCACCAAACUAGACAAAUCCCAAAAUGGCUACAUACCCCUGAGUAAGCUGCAGAAGGUGCUACAAGAAUGUGGCUGUUCUCUUAAAGAAGUGGAGCUGACGGAGCAUCUCAGCAGCUGGGGAGUCAGCUGGCAGGAAAAUUCUGUCAAUUACCUUGACUUCUUGAAAGCAGUGGAUAGCAGCAAGCCAGCAAGACCUCCAUCGAUUGAGAAGGAAGAGAGCAAACGCAUCAAUUUUGCAGCACUCAGUCCAGAGGAGGUGCUGAAGAAGAUGCAGGAGGUCGUCGACUCCUCCCAGCCGGCUUUGUCGAAGGCCUUUUCUGAGUUGGAUAAAGAAGACACUGGGUUUGUAAAGGCUGCAGAAUUUGGACAAGUUCUUAAGGAUUUCUGUUACAAACUGUCAGAUAACCAGUUUCAUUAUUUUUUGAGAAAAUUAAGAAUUCAUCUAACCCCCUGUAUACAUUGGAAAUAUUUUCUCCAGAACUUCAACUGUUUCCUCGAGGAGACUGCUUCUGAGUGGGCUGAGAAGAUGCCCAAAGCCCCACCACCACCCAGUUCCCCACCACCCAAGGACAUGGGCAGGAAGGACAUCUUGGACCGUCUCCACAAAGCAGUGACCACCCACUACAAUGCCAUCGCCCAGGAGUUUGAGAACUUUGACAGCAUGAAAACCAACACUGCCUCCAGGGACGAGUUCAGGGCCAUUUGUAAUCGUCACGUGCAGAUUCUGACAGAUGAACAAUUUGACAAGCUCUGGAGCGAGAUGCCGGUCACCACCAAGGGGAAGCUGAAAUACCAGGAGUUCCUGAGCAAGUUCAGCUCGGAAAAGGCCGUGACACCGCCAGCCUCGGGCGACUCGGCCAGGGCCCAGAAAGGGAGCAGCGUCCCCGAAGUCUCAGGAGGGACCACAUCUGCCCGGUUAUCACCCCUGCAGGACCUGAAGGGGGUACCAAAGAAGUGGAGUCACCCCUGCACUCCAGCUAGUAUGGCCACCCAUCCCUCCACUCCGCCCUUACAGAACUGUGAACCCAUUGAGAACAAGCUCAGAAAGAAAAUGCAGAGCUGUUGGCGAGAACUCCUGAAAGAAUGCAAAGAGAAGGAUACGAACAAACGAGGGGAGAUCCGCACCUCCGAGUUCCUGGCGCUUGUGGAAAAAUUCAACCUGGACAUAAGCAAAGAGGAAAGCCAGCAGCUCAUUAUCAAGUACGACUUAAAGAACAACGGUAAAUUUGCUUAUUGCAACUUCAUCCAGAGCUGUGUCCUCCUGUUGAAAUCCAAGGAGACAUCGCUGAUGCAGAGGAUGAAAAUUCAGAAUAUACACAAAAUGAAGGAAGCUGGUGUUGAGACAUCUUCCUUUUAUUCGGCUUUGCUGCGGAUUCAGCCCAAGAUCGUUCAUUGCUGGCGGCCAAUGCGGCGCACCUUCAAAGCCUACGACCAGGGUGGGACGGGGCUCCUGAGCGUGGCUGACUUCAGGAAGGUCCUGAGGCAGUACAGCAUCAACCUCUCCGAGGAGGAGUUCUUCCACAUCCUGGAGUAUUACGACAAGACGCUGUCUUCAAAAAUAUCCUACAACGACUUCCUCCGGGCCUUCCUCCAGUAGGGCGGCAGCCGUGCCCAGCGCAGACAGACAGGGGACCGGGGCCUGUCCCCAAGACUAAUAAAAUCAUAUAAUCGGGGA